UCUGCUUGGUAACAUUCGGCUUGCUUUCCGUUGUCUUGGUCGGCGUUCUGGCGGCCGUCUUCCUGAACUCUUCUUUCCGUCAGGAAGAAGUUGACGAUACUGAGGAAGAUAUCUUUGGCGGCAGCGAUGGCGGUGGUGGCAGCCGAACUGGUGGGAGCGGAGGAAGUACUUCAAGGCAGACACCACUCGUUGUGUAUUUUAGGACUCGCACGACAGAAGAUCAGAGCAGCACAGUUCCACGAGGACAGGCACAUCCUGGAGUACCAGCAGGGCCUGUAGUACCGGCCACCCCUGGAAUGCCUGUAAGCCCUGGAGCACCGACACAACCUGGAAUAACGGCAGCCACUGGAGUUCCCGCAGGCACUGGAGUACCGGGAGGCCCUGGGGUAACGGCGGGUACUCGACCACCAGCCCGUCCUAGCGUACCGAUAACCACCCCGCCCCCGACCAACAGUCGAAUGCUAACAAGCACACCUACAAGCCCGCCUACCAUGUCGACUACUACAUCUACUCCAAAAAUUACGACAGCAUCUACUCCAAAAAUUACGACAACAUCUACUCCAAGAAUUACGACUACGUCAAUACCAACAACGACAGUGGAUCCCAAUACUAAGAGGCCACUGCCGCUCGACUCACUCAUUUGCACGCUAGAAUCUCCAUUCCGAAGAGAUCUUUUGGGAGUCCCGCCUGACGGGCUUUGUUCGAUUGUUGUGGCCUACCCGUUCUACGCACCUUCUGGCUUGGAACUCUUCCCAACAAACAAUUACUCGUUCAGAGGUUUUGACAUCAUCGUGGAGAACGCCGGAAAGCAGAACAAGACGGAGUUUGGAAUCGGCAUCACUUACAGGUUUUGUACGAGCGUUGACAGCAUGACAGUACUUGCCAACAAUCCCAUGACCAAGACAACAUUGGACUAUUUGUGGACCAAGCGGUUUUACCACUACGGACAAGUUAACCCUCCUAUAGCAAAUUAUGGCGGAUCCAUACAAGAAGUCAACGUGAACUGUGUCAGAGGACUACAGAUGCUCUUCAAUUUGAUGACAGACAAAAAUGACAACGUCAAUCGCCCAAGUUACAUCAUACACUCCUUCCCUUUGCAUUCUCCGAGAAAUUUUCCUGCAAUUGGCCAGGCACUAAGGAAUCUUUCAGUGGACGUUUUUAUUGCUGUAGGGUAUUACUCGGAACAAGACAACCGAUACAACACCUGCCGUAUGAUUCCACCAACCAGGCUGAACAAGAAAUAUCUCCCACCUGACCUCGACAGUACCUAUAGCGUCCGUCUGGACGACGUCAUCAGCAGCUUGACGGUGAACCCCGCGGCGUGGACACCAACCACUUCGUUUGCUGUGUCCGUUGGCAUAGAAGGUCGUUGGUAUCAGCCAAAGGACCGAGACUACGACAUCUACGGGCCCGGGAAUUACCAGCUUGGCCUAAGGUGCGGAAAUGCGUUACCUCGCGGGUUAACGAAGCAGACAUCAGACAUUGCAUUGGCCUGUCGUGACCAUCGGUACAAGAAUUCAUUCAAGCUCAACGCGUUCUACCAGGCGAUGUGGGGUUUCGACAAGCCGGACGGCUUUCUCUUCACCUUCGACUCAGCUGAAACACUUCGGUCAAAGUUGUGUGAAGCGAAGACCAACGUGACAGCUACGAAGUUUUACAUCGUUGCUGCCGGCAUCGGAGGUGAAGACCACCUUAACACGUGUGGAUUCGGAGCGUUGAGCCGGCUGCGAAUGCUCAAGGCCCUCGCGCAUUUCUUUGCGUACAACUACACCUCCGCCGCCCAAAAGUCAGCAUGCCUUUCGGUAAACCCUUAGAUAGAGCGAGACUGACAAGUCCCUUCCCAGUGUCUACAACCUGCGCUGCCAUUAUUUUCUGUAUUUUUGUUUGUCUAAUGAUGCAGAAAACCGGCAGCGGUUUCUCUUGCCCAGGUCGGUAAACAAUAAAAUUUUCUGAGGAGAUAAAAAUCUUGUCAACACUUA